CUCUCAUUGACCUAAACCUUGCUUGGAUUCGAAUAAAGUCAUCUACAAUCGAAUUACGAAAUGGAAAUGACAAGAUAGGUUAUAAAAAUGAUUUUGUCUUCAGGCGGUAGAUUUGCGUGUAGUUAUCUGCAACAAGCUAUUGUUUCCCGGCCAUAUUUUUACCACCGUUCAACUGACUUGGUCACAAACGCUCUUCAAAACCGCAAAAUGGCUUCAACCGGUGAAACACGGCCAAAAGUGUUCGUCACUCGUUCAGACAUUCCGCAAAUCGGCUUAGAUUUAUUGAAAGCAGAGUGUGAUGUGACCGUGUGGGAGCAACCAUCGCCUGUACCACGCACUGAACUGCUCCGCAAUAUUGUUGGCAAGGAUGCAUUGUUUUGCACUUUAUGUGAUAAAAUUGACAGCGAUGUUUUGGAGAAAGCAUCACCCUCGUUAAAGGUUAUUGGUACCAUGUCCGUCGGGUAUGACCACAUUGAUGUAGGCGGUUGCAAGGCGCAGGGAAUCCGUGUUGGUUACACUCCCGACGUUUUAACUGAUGCUACCGCGGAGCUUACAAUGGCUUUACUGCUGGCAACAACCCGGCGUCUAUUUGAAGCGAAUAAGGAGGUCUAUAAUGGCGGGUGGAAAUCGUGGGCGCCAACAUGGAUGUGUGGUCAAGGCUUGAAAGGAUCUACAGUGGGAAUAGUAGGAUUCGGGCGAAUAGGACAAGAAGUUGCAAAACGGAUUGUACCAUUCAAACCAUCUCGUAUUCUGUAUACAGGGCGCACAGAACGAAAAAGUGAAGCAGCAGAAGUAAAUGCAGAGUAUGUGAAUUUCGAUAUACUACUCAAGGAAUCAGAUGUGGUUGUCGUACUUUGUGCUCUUUCACCAGAGACGGUGAAUAUGUUCAACGAGGAGUCUUUUGCCAAAAUGAAGAAAAGUGCAGUUUUCAUUAAUGCCUCUAGAGGUGCAGUGGUUGAUCAAAAAGCGCUCUACGAAGCAUUGCGAAACGGAGUAAUUACAUCAGCUGGAUUAGAUGUAACAACCCCUGAACCAUUACCAGUUGAUGACCCGCUAACAAAAUUAUCUAAUAUUGUUAUUUUGCCACAUAUCGGCAGUGCCGACCUUCGCACUCGUAUUGAGAUGUCACGAAUAACAGCGUGUAAUAUUCUCCAAGGUAUCAUAGGUACCCAAAUGAUAGCUGAAGUUUAAUUGUAUGGUAGAAAUAAAGUGAAUAUUUUCAAUAAA